AUGGCGGCAGAGGCGCGGGCCGAGAGCCCCGCGCCCGCGGCCCCACCACCGCCCGUCCCGGAGAAGCGCGCCGCCCCGGCGGACGACGUCGACGACGAGGAGCGGCCCGGGCCGAAGCGGCGCCGCGCGUUCGUCGCGACGCUCGACGGCGUCCCCUGCGCCGCGGCGGCGGCGGAGGAGGACGGGCACCGCGACGGCCUGUCCUUCUCGUUCCAGCACUCGCGCGGCGGCUUCGUGCCGCCGGAGACGACGCCCAAGUUCGGGUCUUUCAACCCGCCCGCGCCCGCCGAGCAGCAGGAGGCCCUCGACCCCAAGCCCGCCGGCGAAGAUUCACCGGUUGUGGAGGAGGAGGGAGAGGAGGAUGCGGCGUCGCCCCGCGGCGUUGGGGAUCGCCAAGACGGGGAUUCACAGCCAGUGGCGGCGGCGGGCGAUCAGGGGGAACCGGAAACACAUGAUGAACCGGAAUGUGCUGAUGUACAUCAUCAGUAG